AUGAGGCUAUCUGCAGUAUACACGCCCCUUGAUCGAUCAAGUAGGACCACCAGGCUCCUCCAAUUUACUGACACCUCCACAACUCAAGACAUUCGCUGUGUUCUGGAAACUUAUGACGUUGCUGAUGCCCUGAGCCUCGACUUUGUGGCCCUUUCUUACGUCUGGGGCCAAGACCGGCCACGCAGAAAGAUAAAUCUCAACGGCGUCAUAAUCAUCAUUCGCGAGAACCUUUAUCAAGCACUUCGCAUCCUGCAGGCGUCCAACUUCGACCAUACCUAUUUCUGGAUCGAUGCGAUUUGCAUCAAUCAAGACGACCCGCUUGAGAGAGGGCAUCAAGUCGGGUUGAUGAAGGAGAUCUUUUCUGGUGCAGCAUGCGUCGUCUCCUGGCUCGGUGCCGACUUCCAGAACUCGUCUUGGGCAAUGGAGAGAGUGCACAGCGAUGCCAUGGACUACGACACUCGAAAUAUUCUGACACCUUUUGAAGUUCUCGAUCAUCUAGACUACUGGCGAAGGAUGUGGAUCAUUCAGGAG